UAAAGCACCCCCCACCUCCUCCCACUCCGCUCACCACCACCACCACCACCUCCUCCACCACUGCCUGCCACCGUCUCUCAGCGAUCCUACACCGGCUUCACUCCUCUCACUGAUCGUCCCUCUAUCCGUGUUUCGGCAGAGGGGCUGCACGCGCGAUUGCGCUAUUGAUAGCCACUUUACACGGUUUCUGUGGAAAGUCAGUCUCUCUCUCUCUCUCUCUCUCUCCCUCCCUCUCCCUCCUCCUCCUUCUCCUCUCUGGCUGCGCCUUUGGUAACCUAACAGGGAGGUGUUAACUACUUUUGCUUCCCGUUAUCUCCGGUGCCGCUGCGCAGGAGCCAGAGGGGCCACUCACUCACUCAUAUUCCCACUCCGCACAAAAGUUUUCGGUUUGUUUGUGAGGAUAAAAAAAAGGAAUCCGGAAACCGGAGGAGUCGUCUACAGAAGGAGCGGAUUCUUCCACGGCGAUUUUGGAGACCACAUGAAGAUGAGGAACCAGCUUUGAUGUCCACCCUCCCCGGACUCCUCUGCUUCUGCAACACUUCCAACAAACUCUUCAACAAGGGAGGCCUUUAUCUCUUCUCCCCCUGGAGGAAAAACCUCAACUUGAAAGUUAAUUGUAUUUAUCAAUAGAAUCUGGUCCGAAGUGCGACGUCUUUAAAGGACUGGACAAACCCAGUGGCUCUUACCUGGCUUGGAAUGAUUUGGAGUGAAUUUGACUGGCGACAGAUUAACUCUCUUUAGUUCCACUGAAGAGAAUGAACUGAAUACAAGUUAAGCUGAAGUGACAUUGACGGACACUCCGUAAUUUCCUCAAGAAUACUCUUGUUUCCUAUGAAAGGCUCUUUUCUGAGCCCCUUUCUCCAAAAACCCAAAUACUGAACUCUCAAACCAGAUUCCCUCACUUCCUCUUGGACAUUGUCUCCAAUUUCACUCAGGAGGAAUCAUCUCCUCCUUUUCCUCCCAAAUCUCUCACCACGUCGUUCUUUUGUGCAGACAUGGACCUUCACAGGGCAGCCUUCAAAAUGGAGAGCUCCUCCUACUUGCCCAAUCCCUUGGCCUCACCAGCCCUAAUGGUGCUGGCCUCCACAGCUGAAGCCUCCCGCGACGCUUCUAUUCCCUGCCAGCAGCCGCGUCCUUUUGGCGUUCCAGUUUCUGUUGAAAAAGACGUCCAUUUGCCAUUUAACAAUGGUUCUUACACGUUUGCGUCGAUGUACCACCGUCAAGGUGGAGUGCCGCCAGGAUUCCCCAACAGAGACUUCCCUCCAUCUCUCCUCCAUCUCCACCAUCAGUUUGCCCCACCAAACCUGGACUGCUCACCAAUCAGCAUGCUGAAUCACAGCGGUGUUGGCGCCUUCAGACCUUUUGCCUCGCCCCCGGACGAUCGCGAUGGUUUACCGGGCGGGUAUCAGUCUGCUUUCACCCCAGCCAAGCGCCUCAAAGGCUGCUUGGAUCCAGAUUCUUCACCUCAUCUGCGGUAUUCUGAUGCAGAGGGAAAAGAGUACGACUUUGGGGGUGGUCAGAUUCCUCAAGGAGGUUCACCCAGCAGUGCACUGAAGGCGGUGGAGGACAGUGGGAAAAAGAUCUUUGCCGUGUCAGGCCUCCUGUCUGACAGAGAGACGUCCUCCAGCCCAGAGGAUCGCAUUGAACGCUGUAAAAAGAAGAGUCUGUACGACAGCCAGGCUCCCAUCUGUCCCAUCUGCCAGGUGCUGCUCCGGCCCGGAGAGCUGCAGGAACACAUGGAGACAGAGAUUGAGCGGCUAACAGCCAUAUGCCUCAGUAAGAAUCCUUUAUCCAAGGAUGGAGCUGCCACUCCAGGAACUCCUAAGUCGAUGCUGUUGUCGGUGCACAUCAAGCGUGAGGGAGAGUCUCCCGUGGUCUCGCCUCUGUCCUCUGAAGACGCCCACCACUCGGACAGAUACCAGACAUUUUUACGAGUUCGGGCAAACAGGCAAACAAGAUUGAAUGCCCGUAUAGGGAAGAUGAAGAGGAGGAAGCCUGAGGAAGGGGGCCAGGUAUGUCCGCUGUGCAGCGCCCCAUUGACUGGGAGUGAGGAGGAGAUGAGUAGACAUGUGGAGCUAUGCCUGAUCCAGCGUGAGGGUGCCUUAGGAGACGAUGACUCUGCAGACAUGGAUGGAGAGAAUGGACGGGGCUUUGAGGAGUAUGAGUGGGCGGGGCAGAAGAGGAUCAGAGCUACAGCUUUGCUGGAAGGAGGAUUCAGAGGAACAGGUUUUGCCACGUGUAAUAUGAAGGAAAGCAUGGUGGACAGCGAUGCCGACCUCGACGUGGAUGGAGACGACACCUUGGAGUACGGCAAAGCCCAGUACACCGAGGCCGACAUCAUCCCCUGCUCUGGAGCCGGAGAGGACCAAGGAGAGGCCAGAGAGAGGGAGGCACUACGGGGAGCUGUGCUCAAUGGUGGGAUGCCUUCUAACAGAAUAACACCCGAGUUCUCUAAAUGGGCCAGUGACGAAAUGCCUUCAACAAGCAACGGAGAGAGCAGCAAGACGGACCCCAGCACUCCUUCAUCCUCCUCCUCUUCCUCCUGUGCCCCGCGCACCUGUAAAAACAGUGAGAUUGAAAAGGUAACGGAGGAAGAGUCCACAGCCACCACCAUGGAGGCUCUGAAGGCUCGAAUCAGAGAGCUGGAGAAGCAAAUACAGAGAGGAGACCGAUACAAGUGUCUCAUCUGCAUGAGGAAGCCUGCUUUCCAGACAGGCGUGGAGAUCAAGAGCCUAGGGGCGUGGCCAGGGCCCCGGCCACUGGCCAGUGAGGUCGGAGCGAGGCAGCCUAAGUCCCUCCCCCUCGGCCUGUACUGUCUGUACAGGGGCCUUGUGAUUGGUGGCUACGGCAGCGGCACAAAGAGGCUCCUCCCACAGCCUCUACGGAGGGACUCCUACACGAUGCCACUCACCUCCAUCCAGUGCUGGCAUGUCCAUUGUGAAGAAUGCUGGCUCAGGACUUUGGGUAACAAGAAGCUGUGUCCACAGUGCAACACCAUCACCUCUCCUGGAGACCUGAGGCGUGUCUACUUGUAAAGAGCACCACCGCCUCCCCUGCGCCUCUUCUCCCUUCCAGCCCCUUCCUCCAUUUUGGAUUUCAUCGCCCACUGAAAACUCCAUCUAUUUUCCUACUCUCUUGUGGUCCGGAUUGGAACUAAAAUCCCCUCAGAGAGUGAACAGAGACAGGACAGUUCUCUCUGAGACUCUGCUGAAUCUUUGAGGAGGUUGAAAACUGCCCCGUCUGGCUACUCAUUAUAAAAAAAAAAGGUAAAACAGAGACUGGUCUCACUGGUCAGUAGGCUCUCGUUUCCUCCUCCUCACUGACAUGACUCCCUCCACAUGUAACUUGGGGCACUGUCCACUGAAGGACUGUGAAAGACAAUGGAGACACCCGACACCUGACUCUGCCCUGUUGAGACGCGGUAGCUUCAUGUUGCUGGAGCUGGACCUUGAAGGAACUUCUUGAUACAGAAUAUAAAGACUUGUUUCCCCCUCCCCAGCUCGUCUUCAACGUUUAAGUGGCGCAUAACAACGGACUCUACUGCAACGUCUCGAGAGAAAGCUUCGUUUUUUUUUCUUUUUCGUUUCCCUAUUCCAGAGAAAACCAGACCUUCCUGCACCCGUUAAGAGAAUAUUAAAAAGGGCCACUAAAACUGAGCUUUCAACCAAACUGAAAAUAACCUCACAAGCCUGAAAAAAAAGAGUUUGGCACUCUUUGUUCUUCUUCCACCUCUUCCUCUUCUCCUCCCCUCUUCCCCUUUUGUGGUGUUCUAGUGAAGUAAACCAAAAUCUCUCCCCCCCUCCUUCCAAGAUGCAGCGCAAGCACAUGUAAUAUAGUUCUAUGUAUGUUUACAAUGUUGGGUGUAAAUGACAUAGAGUUCACUCACACACACACACACUAACACACACAGAUGCAGAAACAGGCUCAUGUUGUCAUCAGACACACACUGAAGUAUAUAAUAUCAAAGUCCUGUUUUUGGUUGGAAGGGUUUGGGAAUGAUGUUUUUUGGGGGGAAAAAAAAUGGCUCAAGUAAAAGAAGCCUUCUGUAUUUUUAAAUGAAAAAAAAGAUCGUUUGAAGAGCUGUUAAGUUUUAUUUCAUUGUACAGGAAUAAAAAAUAAGUAAUAAUAAACUACUCGAGACUAGAUGGUCAAGAUUUAGGUGGUGUAAUUUUUCUGCAGAGUACUAGAGAGAUUCCUCUUGCCCAGGCAGAGUGGUGGAACUGUUCCUUUAGUUGCAUCAACGUCCAGCUGAGCCUCUUUUUUUUUUUUUUUUACUUUUUAGACCACCAUUUCUGCUUCCUCUCAGUUAGAAUUACAACAUGCUCAGAUCAUAGUCUAAACACAUUUUUUUAACCUGUACACAUCUCAAAAGAGAGUUUUUCCAUCAUUUUCAUACUGCUGUGCUGCAAAGAGGUCCCAAAAUGGCAACUCUUAAUGGGGCAGGUUCUUUCUAAUUUAUGACGAUGGUGUGGGAAGUCCGUGAAAACGAAGGAUGGCUAAGGCUGAACUGGCAACCGCAACAUUUCCUCUUUCCCUCUAUGGCAGCAGCAGCAGCCAAGGUGGUGGUGUGCUUUGUGUUUGUAAAACUAUGUAUUCUGUGAUGUCUGUAUUGUAAGAAAUGCUGAUUUAAAAAAAAAAAAAAAAAGAAAAGGCGAAAAAAAUAAAACUUCUCAAAUACCACAAGUGGUUCUGUUGACACAACUGGGGGUGGUUAACGAAAUAUGUUGCCGUGUUCACUUGAAGGAAAGAAAACAGCCGACACGUUCUGUUCAUACGCGUCUCAUCUCAGUGUCGGUGUUUUUUUUGCGUCUUAAGUCGAUCAUCUGCAUCCACUGUGAAACAGCUGAAAUAUUUAUCAUUUGCUUUCCUUUUUUUUUUUUUUUUUUUUUUCUUUAGACCAAGACAAAUAAUUCUGGGGCAAGAAAAGAAUGAGUGGACAACAAUGCCAUGACAGCCGAGCUCACCUCCACGAAUUAACCUCUUUUUCUUUUUAUUAUCAUUAUUAUUAUUAUUGUUAUUAUUAAUAAUAAUAAUAAUAAUAAUAAUAAUAAUAAUAAUAAUAAACUCUGUUCCCUCUGGGUUUUGCUUGUAGUAGUUACACAUUCUGCUUGGUAAAACUAAUCACUGAAGAGGAAACUGCGGCUGUGCUGUUGCAUUCGCGCUCCUCUGAUUUUCCUCUUUGAUUCGAAACCUGCCCCAAAGAUGACAAAUUGCACAAGAGGCUUGUGUCAGAAUUAAUUUGUGUCUUGUAUAUUCUUGGAAAUGGUACAUGUCUUUCCCAUUGUAAAGUACAUUUGACAUUAAUUAAAUGAUUGUAAAUCUCAA